AGGAUGUCUUCUGAAUCUCAGUGAUUUUAUUUGUCAUCAUUUAAUAUAAAAGACUGUCGCACACUCUUCAUUCGUUUACUACUCUCGGAACAUUUCUAUCAGCCGGUUGUGUAUUUCAUUCCAUAUUGUGCAUUUUCUCGUCGUAAUUUAGAUAAAUAAACGUUAAUAAAACGCGAUACAAAGUCAUAAUUGUGUUAUCAGUAAUCGUUCGUUCGGUUCAAUAUCAUGGAUACUUUCAAGGCAUUUGUUUGUCUAAUUUUCAUAGCAUUUUGUGUCAAUGGAUCAAUUGCGUAUAUUGUGAAUCCGGGGCCGAUGGUGCAAGCCACCAAAGGUGAAAUAUGGCCAAAACCAAAGGCCCAAACAAUUGGCGAAACAUUUUACACGGUUCGUCCGAAAGUUUUGAAAUUUGAGGUCGUCACCAAUUUCACGUGCGAAAUAUUGGAAAAGGCAAUCAAACGUUACAUUCGCAUCAUCUCCUCUACCAAAGACCGACGAAAGCAUAAUCGUUCGAAGUCCAGACAUAGCACAUCCCAUAUCGACACUAUGUCUUGGCAAACGGAUCCCUUCUACGAGGGAAAUCUCGAUUUGGUGAAAAUUCGACUUACGAGCGAAUGUGAAAAGUAUCCGUCUCUUCAAAUGGACGAAUCUUAUUCUCUGUCAUUGAAUGAUCAAAUGGGAAUCAUUGAAUCGAAAUCCAUUUGGGGCAUACUGCGAGGACUGGAAUCAUUUUCACAAAUGUUAGUGCUGACAGAGGACAAAAUGACGUUUCGCGUUAACACAACUGAAAUUUUUGAUGAGCCGAGGUAUCCUCAUCGCGGUCUACUACUCGACACAUCUCGACAUUAUAUUAACGUCUUCACAAUCAUGCAAAUCCUAGAUGGAAUGACAUACAAUAAAUUGAAUGUUUUCCACUGGCACAUAGUUGACGACCAAAGUUUUCCGUACCAAAGCAAAGCAUUCCCGGAACUUAGCAAUUUAGGCGCUUACGACCAGUCUCUGGUUUAUACCCAAAAAGACGUAGUGAAGGUCAUUGAGCAUGCCAGGUACAGAGGAAUCAGAGUUAUGGUCGAGUUUGAUACACCAGGCCAUACUCGUUCGUGGGGAAUUUCUCAUCCCGAGAUUUUGACUUCGUGUGGUGGACAGCUUAGUGGGCAGUUGGGUCCUAUCAAUCCUACGGUUAAUGCGAGCUACGAAUUUAUGGAAAACCUUUUGAGGGAAAUCGUCGAAGUGUUUCCCGAUGAUUAUGUUCACAUUGGUGGCGAUGAGGUUGGUUUCGAGUGCUGGGAAAGCAAUACCGAAAUCGGCGAGUACAUGACCAAAAAUAGUGUUCAAAAUUACCAAAUGCUCGAAGAAAUUUACAUUCAACGAAUCGUGGAUACUGUACACAGCCUGAAUGCCAGUUCUGUCGUUUGGCAAGAGGUUUUCGAGAAUGGUGUUCGCUUGCCAAAUGGAACUGUCGUCCAAGUUUGGACUGGCAAUAGGCAAUCACUUCUACAGCAAAUCACUAAGCAAGGUCUACCAGCAUUGUUGUCAUCCUGCUGGUAUUUGGAUCAUUUGCAGAGUGGUGGAGAUUGGAAAACGUUCUACGGAUGCGAUGCGGCUGACUUUGCUGGUACGGACGAGCAGAAGAAACUAGUUUUUGGCGGAGAAGCGUGCAUGUGGAGUGAGGUUGUGGACAAUGGCAAUGUAUUGCAGCGCAUUUUCCCAAGAGUCAGUGCAACCGCUGAGAAACUUUGGUCACCGUACGAGGUAAAGGAUUUAGAUGAUGCCGCUAGAAGGUUAGAGGAGCAUACGUGCAGAAUGAAAAUGCGUGGUUUGCCAGCACAACCUCCCAAUGGUGCAGGUUUCUGUUUGAACAAUUGAAAUGUAUCGAAAUUUCAUUGUCUCUGUUCAUUGUUAAUGUGAAAUUAUUCGAUUAAAAUUGGCGAACGCCAACAUUUUUUAUUUAAACA